AUGGAACCGGCGGAGCUAGAAUUUAUCGGUGAAAAUUCAUUAAUUAGUGUUAUACCCAACUUCAAUCAUGGUUCGAUUUAUCUCAUAUCGGGCACUAUUGAACCAUUCCGCGGUGGUACCCCGCUUUACGUUCCGCUUUGGCUAGGCAUCCACCUGCGUCAACAGCAAAAGUGUCGCAUCGUUGCACCACACUGGAUGGAUAUCGAUCUGCUAGAAGACAUCAAGGAAACCGAGAAACGUGUCAGCUCAUUUACCAAAAUGCCAAGUGACAACUAUAUGGUAGAGGCCAAAUUGAUCCUUAGCACCGCUCCGGAAGACGUUCCAUCGUCUGAUGUUAUUAAAACACUCAUCAAAGAUAUUUAUGAUGUUCGCUGUGCUAAGUUGCGAACCACGGUGGAAAGUUUUAUCAAAAGCGAUAAAGCUCACAAGGUCAAUUUAGAGAAUGUAACCGUGCUGGAGCUUCACACAAUACAACCAUUGCUCCCACACGUGAUGGAUUUUUUGUGUCGGAUAGAACAAACGAAGAAGCCGAUACGGUCGCAGAACACAACGACUCAAUCGUUCAGCAGCGGAUUGGGGACGUCCGGGUCAUCCAGACCAUGGUAA